CUCCAGAGAGAGCAAGCUGAAUCAUCGUGACCAUGUCGUUCUUCAAGAAGCUCAAGAAAGACCUUGUUGAAGAUCUAGGCAAGCUAGGUCUCGUCGACAAGAAGGAGGAACAGCCGGGAAGCUACUCCGGCUCGCGCGACUACUACCCCCCUCCUCAGCCGCCGCCACAACAAUCAUAUUCUCCUCAGCCUCCUCAGGGACAAUCGCAGCCUCCAUACCACGGCGGCAGCUACCAGCACCCUCCCCCUCAGCAGCCCGGCUAUCAAGGAGAGUACUCCCCUCAACAGUCCGGCUACACUGCCCCUCCCGGCGCCCCCGUUCCAAAUUACGAAUCCAGGCCAGCGCCGUCUUACAACCCUCCAUCCGACAAGCCGCCCCUGCCCUCAGGCUGGACGCCGAAAUGGGACGACGAGUAUCAAAGAUGGUACUACGUUGAAGAGGCCACUGGCCGCUCGCAGUGGGAAGCCCCCGGCUUUGAGAGGUCCAGGCUCGCCGGUGCCGGUGGCAGUGGUGGUGGUGAGCAAGAGUUGCGCGGCUACGGCGGCGACGGUUCUUAUCCUCCUCCUCAGCAGCAGUACGGCGGAGGUCACGGUGGUGUUCCCGACUAUGGCUACAGUGGCGGUGGUGGACAACAGUAUGGUGGUUAUCAACAGCCCCCGCCGCCACAAGGCUACGGCGGCUAUGACCAGCAGCAGGCAUAUGGUAGCGAGCCGGUAAAAGAAGAAAAGAAGAAGAAGGAUAACAAGGGUUUGUGUAUGGGCGCAGCUGCUGGUCUGGCUGUUGGUGCCGUUGGUGGUGCUGUUCUUGCUCAUGAGCUGGCCGAAGACUCCGACUCUGACAAUGAGCACCGCGCUGCACCUCCCCCGCCACCUCCCGCGGCCUAUGGCGGUGAUAGCUACAGUGGCGAUUAUGGUGGUGGUUACGGCGCUCCGCCCCCGCCUCUUGAUGGUCCCAUCCCGACGACAAAUGUGUAUGGUGAGGAGAUCGACCAGAGUGACCGUGAGUCGAUUGCUUCCGCCCGUAGGAAUUACGAGGAAGCUCUAGCAGAGGCACAGUCGUCUUCUGCAAGCAGUAGUGACCAGGAAGAGCUCGAGGAGGCGAGAGAGGAGUAUGAAGAGGAGCUCGAGGAAUAGUACUAUGAUGAAUAAAUGGAACAACGAAGCGAGCACAAAUUGAUUUGGGAGAUGUGGGCAUUCUUUGGUGGAAGUUACACCGUAACGACUAGAUCAGAAUAGCUCUCAGGUGUCGCUGGGCUGUUGGAGGGAGCGUCUUGCUACUGUAUACCUUCUAAACGCCCUGGUUUCAUCUUUUAUCAAUCUUCCAUACAACGCCAUGUAUAUUCAACGGUGCGCUUCGUCGCAGGUGUCCUGGUGCCGCAUCUUACACACCUCAACAAUCCGUUAUGUAUGUGAUAUCCCCCUAUAUGCUGGGCCGAGUGAACCAAGAUCUCGGAGCUAUCAGUUAUCUCCGGGUAAAUGGCGAGGGGCAUGAAUAUGGAUAAUAAGAAAUAUAACAUGCUCAUGGUUA